AUGAGUACCUUGUACCGGAUUGAUACUGUAGCAUUAAUAUUUAAAUUUAUAAAAAAGAUGGAAGGAUCAACUGACAAAAAAGUUGGUGAAAAAACUGAAGAGCUGGAACAAAUUAGUAAUUUGAAUAAACAAUCGUGUUUUGUUCAACUUGCAAAUAAAUGGAAGGAAAUUAAAGUAAAGAGUAAUGAAGCUCCUUGGUUUGUGGAGGAUUGUUGUGAUGCCAAAUGUAUAAAUACAGAAAAUCCUGUUGGUAAUUGUGUUAAGGGAAACGGAUUUGUUAAUUUGAUUGAUGAUCAAAAUAUUCAAUAUAUUGAUUCUAAGAGGGAUGAUAAUUGUUAUGGCCAUGAUAAGUCAGCUACAAUUUAUGCUGAACAUUCAUUUAAUAAACCAAAGGACAGUUCCAACUCUUCAUUAUUUUAUUUUGAAGUUAAAUAUAUAAGUAAAAGUAAUGAAGAGCGAAUUAAUCAUAGAAACAUUCAUCUCGGCCUUGAAAAUUCAAGCAAAAGCUAUGCUAGCCUGAAUUUCGGUGUAUACGGUGGCAAAAAAAUUCAUUUUAAAGUUCAAAAUAAAAAAGGAGGCCAAACUGGCCACCUUUAUCUUAAACAUAUUCUUUGGAAUAACAAUGAUAUUAUUGGGUGUGGAUUAGUUUAUCCGCCAACUGCUACUGACAACUUUUCUUACAUUUUCUUUACGCAUAAUGGAAAACAAAUCGGCAGCCCAAUAUUGUUGAAUGAAAAUUGUGAUGGUUAUAAACCAUUUAUUCAGCUACAGUCUUGUUCUGUAGAAACGAAUUUUGGAAAAGAUUUGAAAGCUAAUCCUUUUGCUUAUGACUUAACAAACCAUAAAUUUCAUAAAUAUUCUGAUUUUGAAAAAGAUUUAAAUGAAUUAAUUGAAAUGUUUCCUUUAAUUGCUAAAGAAGGAAUUAAACAAAUAUUGCUGGCAUCUGGAGGAAUUAAAGAAAAUGUUGAGAAAAAAUUGCUUAAUAUUUUUUCUAAAAAUGAUUAA